CUUGUAAUUUGUACAUGUAUAUAAACGGUACUGCCUUUCAGAGUAUAUCACAUCUUCUCAAGAUUUGGCAACAUGCUCAGCAGAUUUGUUCUUUUUUUAGGGCUGGCUUGCCUGGUCGUCCGAGCGACAUUCGUCCCUGAAGCUCCGGCCCGUAACGUUUGCGCGGAUUGCAACGGUGUGAUGAGAGAUUUUACAAGUGUGGAGGCAAUGCAUGAAUUUAACUCCCAUAAUGACGAAUACUGUGACGUUCAGCACAGCGGAAGUUGUAGCACAGUAGUUCCAUGCUUCUGUACUCGGCAAUAUGAACCACGAUGUGCAUGGAACGAUCGUAAAUUUAAAAACUUUACAAAUGAAUGCGAAAUGAGAAGAUUCAAUUAUCAAUACUAUGAUCGUUACGCAGCUGUUUCCAACUGCCUAUGUCAUCCCGAUGCUAACAAAGAUUUGUUUUAAUCAUCAGAUUUUAAAAAAAUGUUAUAACUUUUAAAUAAACGUUAUUCAUGGCAAGUGAAA